CGCUCCCGUCAACUCAAUCAGCAACAGACAAUGGCCUACUUUCCUGGUGGCGAGAAAGGGCAGGGCGAGGAGGUGGACAGGAUUUUGCUCCUUGGCCAGGUUAUCUACACACGAUUUGAGCUCUCCCCUUGCGCGCCGAGAUGGUGUGCAUCGAGCAUGGGCGAAGAGUCAGGACGGUGCGUCUUUUAAAGUGUCCCGUAUUGCAGCGAAGUGAGGGGUUGAUAGAGGAGGAGGAGUAUGAGGGGCGAUACAAGCAAGAUGCGGCAGGAGGAUGGCGAUAGCGGAGAUGGGGAGAUGGGGAAACCGAGUCGAAGCGAGGGGGAUUCGGCCUCGGCCAAAAAAAACAAAAAAAAAAAACUACAAA